AUGUCGUUCUGUCGGAUCACCGGCAAGUGCCGGUCGCUGCCGAAACCGAACUACUUCCCGAUGCUGCCACCGAUCUCACCCGCAGCGGCCAAGCGCUUCUGCCGGGUGACGGGCAAGGCGUAUGGGUUGCCGUCGCACCACUUCAUCCCGGUGCUGCUGAUCCGUGGUCAGCCGCCCCGGGAGCGCUGCAAGAUCACGAACGUGGCGGGUGAGCUCGAUCCGCACCACUAUCAGCCGGGCACGUACGGGUGCCGGAAGCACGCGGUGCUGGGCACCAUCCGGUACGUGCUGCCCGUGUUGGAUGCCGGCGACGAAAGCCAGCGCACACUGACGGGCGUCCUGGAGGCCAAGGCAGGCCGGCCCGUCGAGCAGACCCUCUACGUGUAUCGGGUGGACGAACGUGGCUUUGGGCUGGUGUUUCCGGCUCGCCUCGAAGCGGCCGUACGCGAUGGGGACGUACGGGAUGUGAUGCUGGCCAAAGAGUCCGACAAGCUGCUGAUCAAGCUGCGCCAGGGUAACAGUGUGAGUGUGGCGCUGCGAGGCGUCGAUCAGGACGCGCUGGAGGAGCUGUACGAAGGCGAAGGACCCCGGGAGGAAGUGAUCAAGAGACGUGCGAAAGAGGAUGCCAAGCGACCGAAACCGAACCGAGGAACCGGGCAGCUGGCGGGUAUCGCGAACAUUUUCGAGCAGAAGGAAAAGGUGCAGGACGAGGAGGCCGAGCAGGAGCAGCGGUUCAUCGAGGAGCACCGCGAGAAGGCGGUCCGGUUGGCGGUCGAGCGACGCGAGCGGCAGCUGGCGGAGAAGCUGAGGGCACUCCAGCUCGAUGCGCACCUCAUCGACCAGCAACCGGAACUGGCGGACCUUGUGAAGCCACUGAUCGAGUCGUGGGACUGGAGCACACUCGAGCGGGAAGCGGCCACCGGGGGCGGUGUUCCGAACCGUCUGAAGGAGCUCCCCCAGCUGAUCACCGUGACCCCGGUGGAAGUGCCAGCCCGCCAGCACCACGUCGAUCCGGGGAUACUGCAAAAGUGUGGCGGACUGGAGGCGGCUUCCUACGUCGGCGCCAUCACCCCGGUCCGGGUGGAAUUGCGACCGGAGAGGGCCAAAGCGAUCGCAGCCCUCGCACCCGACGCGCUACAAGUCCUUUGCGGGGUGGAUGAGCGGCUGGCCGACGGAGGGGCUCAGGAAUUGCUGGCACACCUGGAUGACCUCGCGUCGAUCGUGGCGCACCUCGCCCAAGGACAACCGGCCGAAGUGAACGGAGUGCCCGGAGUGCGGCUGGUGGUCAACCAUCAGCCGGUGUUCGUGCCCGGCCAGAUGCUGCUCGUCGCCGGGAAGCCCUGCUUCGUGCCGGGUCAGACCCUCGGCCAGGAGUUUGUGCCGGGUGUCACGAUCACGGCACCCGACGGUACGAUCCAGUUCAUACCCGGGGAAGUUACGGCCGCCGGGACGGGCCGGUCAGCCCAGGCGACCUUCGUGGCAGGCAAGCAAAUCGACGGACGGUUCAUCGCUGGCCAGGUGCUGGGCGAUGAGCCACGGUUUGUAGAGGGCGCCACGAUCGUGACCCCCGAGGGGGUCACCAAGUUUGUGGCCGGUGUGGUGGACGAACGGAGCGGAGCGUUUGUGCCGGGUCAACCGAUCCACACGCCGGACGGUGGACUCCAGUUCAUGCCCGGCCAGACGAUCACGGUGCAGGGCCGGGAACGGUUUAUCCCGGGUCAGAAUGUGGCAGGAGCCAACGGAGAGCUGGUGUUCGUCCCCGGCCAGACGGUGGGUGAGCGGUUCGUCCCGGGGCGCACCAUCACGACGGGCGAAGGCGCAAAGUUCGUGCCGGGUCAGUACGUCGGAGACGUAUUUGUUCCGGGGGUCGGCAACGGCGAGCGGUUCGUGCCGGGAGUGAACGUGGACACGAAGGAGGGCCAGAAGUUCAUCGAGGGUCAAAUCGUACACAGCCGACACGGGGACGUCUUCAUGCCGGGCACCACGACGGUCGAUCCCGCGGGUGGCGAAGUCCGGUUCGAGUUGGCGGCCACGAUCGAGGCGAUCCGGUUCAGCGAAGCCUCCCCGGUGGGGCUAGUGGUGGACGGGGAGCGGCUGACGGUCGGCGAACCAUCGAUCUGUGUGUUUGGCCACCUGGUGCAGAGUGCGGCCAGCGGCGAAGUCGAGUUCUACCCGGAGCGCAUCGGACGGGAACAUCUGCCGGCGGGGAAAGUGGUCCCCGGGAAGUUGGUCCGGUGCCGGCUCGACUCCAAGUUCAUCCCGGGCAUCCGGACGACGGCGGACGGGGGUGACGGAGAGGACGGAUUCAUCCCGGGCCAGGUGGUGCUGACGGAUCGGGGCGAGCAGUUCGUUCCGGGACAAGUGAUCGAGACUUCGGAGGGCAUGAAGUUCGUGCCGGGACAGAUCAUCGAGACGCGGGGUGGACCCAAGUUUGUGCCGGGCCAGACGAUGGACGGGGGGCCGGAUGGGCCACGGUUCGUGCCGGGGCAGAUCAUCAACACGCGGGCGGGACCGACGUUUAUCCCGGGACAGGUGAUCAGCACGGACGACGACGGGGAGCGGUUCGUGCCGGGCCAGAUCGUCGACACGGACGAGGGGCCCCGCUUUGUGCCGGGCCGGGUGCUCGAGACGGCCGACAAGGUCACGUUCAUUCCGGGCCGCAUCGUACAGACGACCGAUGGGCCACGGUUCGUGGCGCCCGACCUCAAGGACACCGCCGACGGGGACGAGGAGUUCCUGGUGCAGAGUUUCACCGUGACGCCCGAGGAACUGAAGCUCCUGAAACCGACCGAUGGGGGUGCCCUGACGGGGGAUGGGCCCCGUUCGCUCGUCGUCAGUCUGGACAGUGCGAUCCUGCAGAGUCUGGCCGAGUCCGGUAUGCCGAUCGGCCGGCAGGUUGAAGCGUCCGCCGUCGACUACGUUCUCGAGAGCACCAAGGAGCGACAGGCGCUGCAGCGUUUGCUGGCCGAAGGCGGCAUGCCCGGGGCUAGCCUGGACACGCUCGAGACCAUCUUCGACGGGCUGAAGGCCGUCUGCCGGAAGGUGGACCCGGGUGCGCUGCAGUACGGUGAGGCAACCUCCACGGACGAGCGUGUUUGUAACGGAUCGAUCGGAGUGGUCGAAGCUCUGGCCGCAAAUCUGGCUGCCGUCCUCGCCAGGCCGGAUGAUCAGAGACGCAGCAUACACGAACUGAUCGCCGAGGUGAUCCGGACGGGCGGAGAGUACACGGUGGACGAGCUGCGGCACGUCGUGGAGUCACCGGAAGCCGUCGAGUAUCUGUUCGGGGCCGUUAAUCGGACGAUCGUGAAGAACAACAUCGAUCAGAAGUUGCGGACACUGGCGGCUUUGAUGGAGGAACCGGAACCGGACGACCAGGUGGCCCAAGCGUGUCCCCCGCCACUGACCGACGCGAUCGAGGAGUUCUGUCAGCUGCUGGAUAACGGUGCCAUGGCCGAGGCGUUUGUCAAUCUGCUCAAAAAGGACGAACACCUGUUCAAGUCGAUCGUCACCAGCCUCAAGAGUUGCGGCGUCGUCGAGGGUAGCGUCAACAUUUCGGAGAUUCUGCAGACGGCCCUGGUGGAUAGUAUCCAGGAGCGGGCGCAGGUCGCACUGGCGGAGUUGGUCGAAGACGCCGGACAAUCGCACGACGGGCGCACCCUGCGCGUGUUGCUCCAGAAGUGCGAAGGUUUGGCCCAGGUCCUGGGCCACACGAAGGAAGCGGAAACGUUCCGGUACCUGAUGACGCGGCCCGGAGCACUGCGUGACCUGCAGCGGGAUGACGAGCUGUUCGGGAUCGUUAACCGGGUGCUGAUCAUGGAGCAGCUGGCCGAGGAUGACGACGAGUACCGGGAGCUGAUGGACGGUCUGGGCAGGACACCGGCACACGCCACCACGAGCGAUCGGUUUCGGGAACUGAUCCGUCAGAGUGGUGCCCUCUCGUACGCACCGCGACGGAUCGGCGCCCUCGAGACGUCGAAGGACGUGCCGCUUUCGCUGUUCUACGCCAACAAUCAGCUCGCCAUCGAGGAGUUCUUCCUGCGGAGUGGUCAAGGCCGCACCCGAGGACACUGUUCGAAGGCGUUCCUCAUCAUCAAACGUGGCUUCCAGGCGGUGAUCCCGCGGGAGUCGAGCCACGAGGUGCUCGCAGGCACGAUCGCCUACACCGUGCUGGACGAGGAUGGGAUCCGACACUUCCAGCCGCUGAACGUCCUGUCGGCACUCCGUAUCACACCCCAGUUCCUGACCCGCUUCUCCAUGUACAGCUGCGAGGUGCGCGAGGAUGACCUCGCCGAUCCGGACACGAUCAGCAGCACCCACAGCAGCAGCAGCACCAGCCACGACGCACUCGACGGGCUGCCGGACGAAACGGCCUACUUCCACUACCGUCCACUACCACCCGCCGUGUCGCGCCGUAGCUCCCUGCGAACCCCAGCUCCACAGUACGCCCAAGGGCGUCCGAAGCUCCAACGCCACGAUUCGUUCAGCCCUCAGGUGCGCCGGAAGUCGAUGCUCCAGAACGGCUACCAUCACGUGCCAGUGCACCACCGUACGCCCCUCGUACUGCCAAAUCCGCUACCCAGCUUCCGCUGCCAACCGAAGGCGUAUCCGCAUGCGCCGUCAGACAACGUUAAGACACUACCGAUGGCAAUGAGGAUAGCGAUCAAGGCCUCGAUCGCAGGUCGCGAACCAUCGGCCUGCCUUCGUUCCAGCAGCAGCCGAGACUCCAUCUACCGGACGUCGUCCCGGAGCAGUGUGCACGAUUGGAAGUGA